CAGAGCAAGGCACGUUUGGAAGGAGUCCUUGGUUUGGGGUAGAAAGGCUUCCAUUCACUCUACCAAAUAAUGUUCCUGAACUGAAGAGACUGGGGUUCCUUUCUGCAAUUAUAAUUUCUGAACAUCUGUUGUGUGUGAGGCACUGACCUAAACUGUGGGACACAGCAGUGAACAAAAAAGACGCCAUCUCUCCCCACAGGUGGAAUAAUGUUAACCAGUGAAAAAGCCCAUCUUUGGUCAGGAGGAAUUUCACGAAGUAGGUCUGAAGGAAAUCUGUUUGACAUGGAAGCCCAAAAAUCCUCAAGAAAUUGUGAUAUUACAGAAUGUCCAGAUCCUGGUUUGCCUCUUGAUUGGCCAGAGGAUUUCACACUUCAUGACAAUAAUGCUUCCAAUGCUACAAAUCCAUUCUGGAAUGAACUGUCUGCAUCUAACCCAUUUUUGGAUGAUAUAACUCAGCUAAGAAAUAACCAGAAGAGAGAUAAUAUUUCUAUCUUGAAGGAAGAUCCUUUUCUUUUUUUUAGAGAAAUAGAAACUGGAAACUCUUUUGAUUCGUCUGGUGAUGAACUUGAUGUGCAUCACUUGCUUAGGCAGUCUUCUUCAAGGAAAUGUGGAAGAUCUAAAAGUGUUUCAGAACUUUUGGACAUUUUGGAUGACACUGCACAUGCCCAUCAGAAUAUACAUAACUCUGACCAGAUCUUAGAACAAGACUUAGAAUGGCUUCGAAACGAUCGAGAGGCUUAUAAAAUGGCUUGGUUAAGUCAGCGCCACCUUGCCCGUUCCUGCCUGGAUUUGAGUACAAUUACUCGGAGUCCUGGAUGGGCCCAAACACAAGUUGCAGAGACUACAGUAGUUUGCAAAUUAAACCACCAGGGAGGGUCAGUACAAUUACCUGAAUCAGAUAUCACUGUUCAUGUGCCCCAAGGCCAUGUAGCUGUGGGGGAAUUCCAAGAGGUGUCUCUCAGGGCUUUUCUAGAUCCUCCACAAAAGCUUAACCAUGAUCUUUCAUGCACCAUAAGCCCACUGUUGGAAAUCACGUUAGGUAACCUUAACACAAUGGAAGCCAUUUUGCUGGAGAUGAAAAUUGGGGCUGAAGUGAAAAAGGAUCCUUUCAGCCAAUUCAUGGCAGAAAUAGUGUGUUUACACAGUCUGGAUAAAGAAGGCCCUUUCAAGGUAUUAAACAACUGCUACAUUUAUAAAGACACCAUCCAAGUCAAGCUAGUAGACUUGAGUCAAGUGAUGUAUCUAGUGGUUGCCGCACAAACUAAAGGCACUCAAUCACCAGCUGCCACCAUCUGGGAUUAUAUCCACAAAACCAUUUCAGUUGGAAUUUAUGGACCCAAAUAUAUCCACCCUAGUUUCACUGCUGUUUUCACAGUUUGUGGACAUAGUUAUUUGCCAAGAAAGCUUACUAUCUCUGAUAUUAAAAAAGGUGGGAACCCCACCACACCUCCAGUGGUAUUUCAGCUCUGGGGGAAGCAUUCCUUCUUACUUGAAAAGCCGCAAGAUUUAAGUAUAUCUGUCUUAUCUUGUGAUCCUGAUUUUGAAGUAAAAGCAGAAAGAAAACGGAAAGAAGUUAAGCAAAAGCACUUGCAAUCAGGUCAAGUAGUUCAUGAGCAAUUUUUCUUCUCUUUAGCUGGCUCCAGAGAAAUGCACUUGUUUGUUUUCUGUGUUCAGGUGGAGUCUCACAGUGGUAGUCCAGUUACACAGUUCUUUAUAACUUCACCUGAUCCGGCUCCAAACCUAAAAAGGCUGUCAAAUCUGCCAAGUGAUUUGCAGAAAAAGAAGGAAAUCAAAUCUUCUCCUUUAUUACCAACAGUGCAUGUUAAAUAUCCUACAUUUCAAGACAAAAAAUUGAACUUUACCAGUUAUGGAAUAACCCAGAAGACAGUGAUAAGACAAAAUAAGAUUGAAUACUUACUUGAAUAUUUCAAAGGGGACACAGUAGCUCUUCUUGGAGAAGUCAAAGUAAAAGCCAUUGGACAGUCCAAAGUGAAAGAAUGGUAUGUGGGAGUCCUGAGAGGUAAGAUUGGACUUUUACAUUGCAAAAAUAUCAGGGUGAUUGCAAAGGAACAAGUAAUGUCUAUGUCAGAUAAUGUCUUCACAACCUGGAAUCUUCUUGAACAAAUUACCCUGCCUCUUAAAAAACUGACUUACAUCUACUCAGUUGUCUUGACCUUGGUGUCAGAAAAAGUGUAUGAUUGGAAAGUAUUAGCUUAUGUUCUAGGCUAUUCACAUCUGGCACUGGAAGACUUUGAUCAACUACAAGCAGACAAAGAAUCAGAAAAAGUUGCUUAUGUUGUAAAGAAGUUAAAGGAAGAUUGCCAUGCAGAUAGAAAUACCAGGAAGUUUCUUUAUGAACUUACUGUGGCUCUGCUGAAGAUGGAUUGCCAAGGGUUAGUAGUGCAUCUUGUCCAGGAGGCUGCUAUUCUGACUUCAGCCAUCAAGCUUGGGAAAGGCUGGAGGGAACUAGCUGAAAAGUUAGUGCGACUCACAAAGCGACAGAUGGAGGUGUAUGAAAUUCCUCACCAGGGAAAAUCUGGAGAUGUGGCUGCAGAGAUGAUGUGGAAACCUGCCUAUGAUUUUCUUUAUACUUGGAGUGCUCACUAUGGAAACAGCUACAGAGAUGUGUUACAAGACCUGCAAUCAGCUUUGGACAGAAUGAAAAACCCUGUGACUAAACAGUGGCGAGACUUAACUGGCGCUUUAAUACUAGUGAAUUCUUUAGAGGUUUUGAGAGCAACUGCAUUCUCCACUUCUGAGGAAGUAUAGAAAUGAAGGAUACAUUUUUAAGAGUAAGGAGUAGAGGGAGAAAGGGGUGUGUGAGAGAGAGAGAGAGAGGAAAAGAAUCUCAGAAAAGUAUUGCUUUUAAGAAAAAAAAAAAGUGUUUCCUGGUGAAAACAUAUCCUAGCACAAAAUCCAAGGAUGGGUUUUAUAAUCAAAUAUGUAUUUUUGUGUCUUCCUUUAAAAUGCAAGUAUUAAGUUGCUUUAUUGUUGAGAAAGGAAAGAAAAAUUUCUGUUCUCCCUUUCAAAAUUACUUUUAAUUUCUUUUAGUUAAAACAAAUGACUGUCAGCAUCAUUACAUCACACAGAAACCCAGAUAAUCCAGAGGCUCUUAGUAUAAACACUGGGAUUUUUCCAGCAGACAGGUAGAGGAAGAGAAGGAAGCAAUGCUCUGUGGCCAGGCACCAGACUACAUACUUUCUCUACCUGCUGUCUUUUAUUUCCAGUGGCAUUUGCUAGGAUUAUUCCCAUUUUUCAUGUGAAGAAACUAAGGACUGGAGACGACAGUCAGGGCUGUCCAGCCAGUGUGAAGCAGGUUUUCUGUUUGCAAAAUCUGGCUCUAUUUUUUUAAGAAAACAUAGCACAUGGGAAUAUAGUUUUAAAAAAACAAAAUGCAUAUUAAAACUUAUAGGUAAUUAUUUCCUUUUAAUUAAGCUCUCUGCUCUAUUCUACCAUCUCAUGAAAGUGCCAGAAGGAAGAUACGACUGGAAAUCUGUUGUCUGCAUCCACCAACUGGAAUUUUUACCACCUUCCUCCAUCAUCUUGAGGUCUAUCUAAUCUUUCAACUUUUUCUUCAGGAUCAUAAUGCUGAGUAAUUCUUUUAACUCUCAAAAGAUUUUUUUAAAAACAAAGAUUAUUUUUUAAAAGCCUGAUUUAUCGCUGCUGAAUGCAGCCAUCUUAUCUACCAGAAACACUGAUGCCUGUGUGUGUGUGUGUGUGUGUGCAUGCUCAGGUGUUUAUGUAAUUAUGUGUAUGUGUGUAUAUUCCAGAAUGUUUUAUAAAUCUUUUGGAAUACAAAGAUUGUAUAGAAAUUUAGGCAAGUAUAAAAGCUAACUGUUAGAGAGUUGAUAAGGGAUGGUCUGUGCUUACUCCAGUGUUCAAUCCUUUGGCUGCCUGCCUCUGUUUCUGUGUUUUAGACAGUCAUUCAUUUAUUGUCGUUCAGUUGACAGAGUGUGUACCCACUCUGUGGCAGAUGCAUAGAUGUUUGAGGUUAAUAAUGGGAGAAAAACAGCAUGAACCCCCUGACUUCAGUAUUGCUGAAGUGAUAGAGGCAAUGAUAAAGAAUUAUACAAUUAAAUUUAAAACAGCAUCUGCAAUACCAGCUGCAGAGGAAAGGCUGGAAUGCCAAGAGAUAUAGAUUUGGAGGGGGGUGGAAAUCAUGCGGAUCAGGGAGAUCACAUAAGUUUUCCCUGGUAAAGAAAUGAUGAUCCUGAAGGAGGAUCAGACAUUGCUUCUUGUCUGGAGAGGGUGGAGGAGGCAAUUCCUCAAUGCCCUGAAGACCUCAGGCAGGAAGGGAGCUCAGGAGAUGCAGGUAUCCAAGGUGAAGGGCUGGAAAGGGUGAAGGAGUGAAGCAAAGAAAGAGAAGUCUUCAAAGGUAAUGCGGAUGAGCUGAAUAAGGAUUUUAUUUAGGGAUCCUGAAUAAAACAUGUCCAUUUGGCUAAAAAGUAAAAGCAGAAUCAUUUUAGAGCUUUUAAUACACCCACCCUGAGGUAUUUGGUAUGCUGGCAAAGGUAAUUUGAAUUAGGAUUUAAGAUCUUUAAGGCUUUUAAUAUUUGUAUUUGAUGAUAAGUGAAUACAGCCUGCCCAAGGAGUUAUGUACAUACAUUCAAGGACAGAAUUUAUUUCAGUUGAAUUCAGGGAGAAGGGAGAAAAAAAAACAAUCUGUAAGUUUGGAACACAGUCAUUUUUAGUGGUGAUUUUGCUUUUGCUUUCUUUAGAACAUUCUUGGAAUCUUAUUAGCAUGUCAGCAAACCAGAGAAUUUCGGGAAAGGAUAAUAAGGAAUUAAUAACUGGGUUUUUCCAGGCUCUAAGAUCUGAGACAACAGAGAUCUUGUGAGUUGAUUAAGGCAGUAAGAUUAAAUAAAUCACUCAGGUUUAUCACAUCAUGUGUUGUGAUUGUGGUUGGGAAGUUUAAGAAGAGUUUUAAAAAUGAACAGCAUUAUCUCUGUAAUUUAAGGAUGAAACAACAGUUUAAAUAUUAAUAUACACAAAGAUAUCUUACAAUCUCAUAACAAAUCCUUUCAGAGGAAUUUUAAACCCAUGUCCAAACAUUCUGUUCUUUUAAAUAUAUUCUAACAUUUUUAUAAAUCAUUUCCACUUUUCUGAAUUUUAUAUUUUUCUUCCUAUAAUGGAUUUUCAUAAUCAGAAAAGAUUAGCUCAGUAAUCACAAAUUGCCUUUAACAUUUGGCAGCAAAUCAAGAGAAUUAAUAAGGCAAUUAAAUCCCAUCCUUGACAUCAUUAAAAGCACCAAAAGCCAUUAAUGUAAAACUUCUUCAAGCAUUUGGAAACUGGAAAAAGCACGGCUGAUUCCUUCAGUUCCUCAGGCUUUUCGUCUAAUGAUGAAUUAGGAUGAGAUUCUUGUUCAGUGCUCAGCUUGCAAUGUAGUAAUUUUUCUAUGUAAGCCACAGACCCUCUACUUCCUUCUGGUAAAGCCGUAAUAUGAAAGUCAAUUAAGGAGGCACAAGUAACAGUGCAUCAUUAACUAUUCAUGCCAGUCACAUGUACAACACACUUUCAUGUUCUGUAAUGUAGAAAAUACCACAUGAAGUUUUCAAACUGGGGUAACUAGGUCUCUGGAAGGAGUAGAAUGCAGUACAUUAAUAGGCGGUGUUUGUCAAAGAAAUUUUGCUACUGCUAAAUAGCUUUGAAUAUGUUAUAUGUAAAUACAAUGAAGAAAAUACUUUCAAAAUCAUACAAUACUAUACAUAAUUGGAUGUUUCAAAAUGAAUUUUCAUACUGUGCUGUUGUAAAUAUAUUUCCUAUAAUUUUUUCAUGUCUAAGGAAUAUCUGAAGCACUAUAAAGGAAA